AUGUCAUGGGUACCUCAGGCACAGCUACCCCAGAUCUUGGAGAGAGCACUCGGUCGCUCUAUCCUCUGGGAUCCGCGCUACACUAAUCGCAACCCUCCGCACGCCAGGCUACACCCUACCCACGUCGGUACUCUCUCGCUCGACAACCGUUCCGACUCGACUAUCAGCGUACGCAGUCUCGGCGGCGGCCAGCGCAUACCCCCCAUGGACAAGCGUCACCCCAGCUCCUUCCAGCAGCUCGAGAAGCUCGGCGAGGGUACCUAUGCCACCGUCUUCAAAGGCCGCAACCGUCAGACGGGCGAGUUUGUCGCCUUGAAAGAGAUCCACCUCGACUCGGAAGAGGGCACACCCAGCACUGCCAUCCGUGAGAUUUCACUUAUGAAGGAACUGAAGCACGAAAACAUCGUCCGUCUUCACGAUGUCAUCCACACCGAGAACAAGCUCAUGCUCGUCUUUGAAUUCAUGGACAAGGACCUGAAGAAAUACAUGGACUCCAGAGGUGAGCGCGGCAUGCUCGACCCCGUCACCAUCAAGUCGUUCAUGCACCAGCUGCUGCGCGGCAUCGCCUUCUGCCACGACAACCGUGUUCUCCAUCGCGACCUCAAGCCCCAGAACCUUCUGAUCAACAACAAGGGCCAACUCAAGCUUGCCGAUUUCGGUCUUGCUCGCGCCUUCGGUAUUCCUGUCAACACCUUCAGUAACGAGGUCGUCACACUCUGGUACCGUGCCCCUGACGUCUUGCUGGGCUCGCGCACCUACAACACCUCGAUCGACAUCUGGUCUGCUGGCUGCAUCAUGGCCGAGAUGUACACAGGUCGCCCUCUCUUCCCCGGCACUACCAACGAGGACCAGUUGCAGAAGAUCUUCCGUCUCAUGGGUACUCCUUCAGAGCGCGCGUGGCCAGGCAUCUCCCAGUUCCCUGAGUACAAGCCCAACUUCCCCGUCUACGCAACCCAAGACCUCCGCAACAUUUUGCCGCAGGUCGACCCUGUCGGUCUCCAACUGCUGAGUGCUAUGCUGCAGCUCCGUCCCGAGCUUCGCAUCUCUGCUCAGCAAGCCCUCCAACACCCUUGGUUUGCUGAUCUACAGCAACUAAGGCAACAACAGCACAUGCAUCAACAACAGAUGCCAGGCGUGCCCAAUUCUCAACGCGCUUAUUGA